AUGGCGGAAUCAAUUUUAUACGGGGCGCUCAGUAACAUCUUUUCCAAGUUGAUGUGGCUUGCUGGGCAUGAGAUUGGCUUGAUUUUCUGCCAGAAAAGCGAACUGGAUAAGCUUCAAAAGACUCUCGACAUCGUAAAAGCCGUCAUUCUUGAUGCUGAGGAGAAGCAGGCGAGCGACCUUGUCGUGAAAAACUGGAUAAGUCGACUGGAAGAUGUCGUCUCUGAUGCAGAGGACUUACUGGACGAAUUCGACUAUGAGAUCCUACGCCAGAAGGUGCGUCCUCGGGGACAGGUACGCAAGAUCUUUCGAUCCUUCAGGAUGGGUCCUAGAGUUAAGGAGAUUAAAGAGAGGCUGGACGUGGUGGCAAGAGAGAUUAAAACGUUUGAUUUUAAUGUGAGAGUUGUAGAACUGAAUAAGAAACCUAAGAAUACUGACAGAGAGACUGCCUCAAAGGUGAGAUCGGAAUUAGUAAUAGGGAGAGAGGAAGAUAAAGAGCACAUUAUAGAAUUGUUGAAGGAGCAGAAUCAUGGUGACAGCAUCUUCAAUAUUAUUGCCAUUGUUGGGUUUGGAGGUUUAGGAAAGACCUCGCUUGCCCGGUUGGUGUAUAACGAUGCAGAAGUAGCAGAUUCCUUCGAAAGGAUGUGGGUGUGUGUUUCUGAAGAAUUUAAUGUUCUUAUAAUUUUCAAAAAAAUUUUGAAGUGUCUAGGAGAACACAAAGUGGAUGACUGGAAUCUAGAUGAAGUACAAAAUGGAAUUGAACAAAAGUUAGAAGGGAAGAGAUAUUUACUUGUGUUGGAUGAUGUGUGGAAUGAAGACAUUUUACAGUGGAAUGAAUUUUCACAGUAUAUGGUAUUUGGUGCUCCUGAAAGUAAAAUUAUUGUGACAACUCGUAGCAUCAAAGUUGCAGCUACUAUGGGGGUGCACAGUCCUUACCUUUUAAAAGGUCUCAAUGAGGAACAAUCUCAGGAUUUGUUUGAGAAAGUGGCAUUUGAAGGACGUCAAAUCGAUCCAAAGCUUGGACAAAUUGGAAACGUUGUUGCACAAAAAUGCAAAGGAGUUCCUCUUUCUAUUAAAUGUUUAGGAGGUUUGAUGAGACAAAAGCCUGAUGAAAAAUACUGGUUGUUUGUCCAAGAAAAUGAAUUUUGGAAUAAUGAUGAUGUUUUGUCGGUGUUAAAAUUGAGUUAUAUUCAGCUACCAAGUAAUUUAAAGCAAUGUUUUGCUUUUUGUUCGCUUUUCUCAAAAGACUCUAGGAUAUAUAAAGAUGAGUUGAUUCAUUUUUGGCGAGCACAAGGUUACAUUCAAUUAGAGAAUAAAAAUGAGAAUAUACAAGAUAUUAGUGAUGAAUACUUUAAUGAUUUGCUGUCAAGAUCAUUUUUUCAAGAGGAGGAGAAAGAUGCAUAUGGGAAUAUCAUCUAUUGUAAAAUGCAUGAUCUUAUUCAUGAUCUUGCAUUAUCAGUUGCUGGUCGAUAUUUUCAUUGGAUGAAAGAUGAAAAAGAAGAAAUUUCAAAAGGAGUCCGUCAUGUGUCAUUAGAAAAAUAUUCUAAAGAAGUUGUUUUGACUGGAUCAGAAACAAAAGUGAUAAGGACUAUGUUUUUCCGAGCAGACAUUUUCACGGACUUAUUUAUUCGAAAUGUAACUUAUUCGAGCUUCAAUUGUUUACGUAUGUUGAAUUUAAGUUGGAUGAACAUUAAUAUUUUACCAGAUUCAAUUGGUAAAUUGAAGCAUUUGAGAUACCUUGAUCUUUCUAGUAAUCAAAGGAUGAAAGUGCUCCCAGAUGCAAUAGUCAAAUUGCACCAUUUGCAAACUCUAUUACUCAAUGCUUGCAGCAGUCUGGAAAAGUUACCAAGGGAUAUACGCCAAUUGAUUAGUUUGGAAUAUCUCAAUAUUAAUUCUUGCAACCGACUAAAGUACUUGCCAAAAGGGUUAGGGGAAUUGACUUCCUUACAAAGAUUGGACAGAUUUGUUGUGAACUGUGUUGAAGACAAUUUAUCAACUGCAGCCACGUUGAAUGAGUUGAGUAACCUAGACCUUGGAAAUAGCUUCAAAAUUGAACACUUAGAAAAGGUGAGGAAUGUGGAAUUAGAAUGUAAGGAGGCAAAUUUAAAGAAAAAGAAACGGCUUCAGUCUUUGCAUUUAUCUUGGGAAUCUUUCUCUCCAACAACAGUGGCUAGUGAAAAGGAUGAGUCAUUGUUAAAUAUUCUUGAGCCACACCCGAAUUUGAAAGGGCUGGAGCUAUCCGGUUAUGGAGGAGCAAGGUUUUCAAGUUGGCUAUCUUCAUUGACUAAUUUAGUCAAACUUAAUAUAUACAGAUUUUGGAAUUGUCGAGACCUGCCACCCUUGGAUCAUUUUUCAUCUCUCAAGUCUCUCUUUCUUUACGGUUCCAAUGCUUUAAAACACCUGCCACCCUUGGAUCAUCUUUCAUCUCUAGGGUCUCUUUCUCUUUCGCGGUUAGAUGCUUUAGAAUACGUGGCAGAUUCUUUUUCCUUGCCUUGCUCGACUUCAAGAGAACCAUUCUUCCCGUCCCUUAAGAAACUUUUGAUCCAUGACUGUCCCAAUCUCAAAGGAUGGUGGAAGACAAAGAAUGAGAACCAACGAUCAAUCGCUGAGCUGCCUUGCUUUCCUUGCCUUUCCGAGUUAGAUAUCCUCAGGUGUCCAAACUUAGCCUCCAUGCCGCUGUUUCCAUCUCUCGAUCAAGAUUUGAUGUUGCAUGAUACUAGCAUAAGGCCUUUACAACAAACAUUGAAGAUGAUGAAGAUGACCGAGGCUAGCAUGACAUUAGAAGAAGCAUCAUCUUCAUCGGGGAGCGCUUGUCAUUCAUAUUCUUCAACUACCCUUCCUCUCUCCCAUUUGAAGAGUCUGAUGCUUACAGACAUUAAGGAUUUAGAAGUUCUGCUAGAAGAGUUUCUACAAAAUCUCACUUCUCUUACGUCCUUAUGGUUGAGCGACUGCCCUAUAUUGGAAUCGCUAUUGCCGCAAAAGAUGAGCUGCCUCACCUCUUUACAAGUUUUGUGUGUUAAAAAUUGCCAUAAUCUGAGGGCUUUUCCGGAUUGGAUACUCAAUCUCACUUCCCUUAAAACACUUGAAAUUUGGGGGUGCAUUGAAUUACAGUACAUGCCAGAAGGGACGCAUCAGCUUACCUCUUUAAAUAAAUUGUCCGUAGGCAAUUGCCCUAAUAUGAGGGCUUUACCUGACUGGAUACUCAAUCUCACUUCCCUUAAAACACUUGAAAUUUGGGAGUGCCUUGAAUUACAGUACAUGCCAGAAGGGACGCCUCGGCUUACAUCUUUAGAAGAAUUAAUUGUUUACUGCCAUAAUUUGAGGGCUUUGCCAGACUGGAUACUCAAUCUCACUUCCCUCAAAGACCUUUAUAUAUGCGAGUGCCUUCAAUCACCGUACUUGCAAGGAAGGGAUGCAAAGCCUCACCUCUUUAGAACGAUUGAUAGUUCAUCAUUGCCCUAA